UACAUGUACUUGAAUUGCCCUGGCCAAGGGACUGGGAUUUGUUUGGCAUGCUUGAGAGCCCACUAAAAUAUUCUGGUGAGUGUCUGUGAAGAGAAUCUUAAAUCUUCCUCCUGCCUCAACAGAUUGGGUAUGUGGAGUUGUUGUUUUGUCCAAGGAAACUGUGGUCUAAGGGUGGUGUGAGAUGAGGAGAAUAAACCUUUCUUUGGAUGCACCCCUGCGUCUCUCUUUUCUCAUAGCUCAAGGCUUCAGCUGAUAGAAUUUUGGAGGUAAGGAUCCCUCCUUACCUUCUCUUUUGCUCCUUCCACCGGUCAUGAGCUAUCUCUCAGAUUUUUUCUCUCCUGUCUUUCUCUUUCCAUGGUCAUCCUAGCUGCAUCUUUGCAAGGGAGUAGACCAAUUUGGCAACCAAACAAAACAAACACUCAAAUCCAAGGAAGAGUUGGAGGAAAAAAAAUAAGCAAGUCUGUGGAUCUCUUUGCCUGUCAUAGCAAGUAACGAGCAGAAAAAUUUUCAUUGAUCUAUCUUAGCUGAUUUGCGAAGACCAAUGGAGAGAUAUCUGAAACAGUUUGACAAAGAAUACAUGAAGAUGGCUAUGUUGAAGCAAGAAGAAACAUUCAAACACCAGGUACAUGAGCUUCACCGUCUGUACCAACUCCAGAAGCUGUUGAUGAAAGACAUGAAGAAUGCGGAGCUGAAGAGACAACAGACAUCCACACAAAACCGACCCGGCCUUGAGAGAAGGAAUGUAAAAAAUGAGAGAGGUCCAAAUCAAUCAUGUUAUAGCAGUAAUUACUUCGGUCAGAGGAAGCCUCAUCAGACACUCGAUCUGGGACUUCAAGCAGUAGAGUACACUGGAAGGGAUGAUGGAGAUGUCAUGCUAGAGGUCGAAGAAGAAAGCGACUUGGAGCUGACACUGGCCAUUGGAAGCAACCGAAGCCGAAGGAAGAAAGAAGAGACAUCAUUUACUUCAGAUUCUGGAGCGUGCUUUUCUUCGUCUUCAAGCGAGUCUGCUGUGGUGAAAUUGAAAGGCCAGGAGUGGGGACUACUUCAUAUGACAGACAUAUCCAUGAGGUUUCCGGAUGACACCAAGAGCUGUUUUAAUGUCGAAGGAAGUAUGAGACAAGAUGGCCUGAAGCAGGCUCCUUGGCUCUUCCAAUGUUUGAGCCUUGACCUGACAUCAUAGCCUUCUUAGAUUGCAAAUGGUCCACAUCGUUGUAGCCGUUAAGCAGAAUCUCAAGGAAUUAUCAUGUUCCCCGCUAA